AUGUCCUAUUUUUUUCAGUCAUACUUCGAAGCUAAGUUUGGUGAAGGCUGUGUUGAGGUUCUAAAGGAUUCGAAUUCAGUUAAUCGAUCGAAUCUGGAAGAGGGCAAGGCAUACCUUCAAGUGACAUUCGUCGAACCAUAUUUCGACGAACUGGAAAUUCGUCGCCGCCCUUUAGAAUUCUAUAGGAACUAUGCCGUCAAUCGUUUUAUUCAUUCCACUCCUUUCACCUUGGAUGGUCAUGUUCAUGGCACUUUGGCGGAGCAGUAUAAGCGCAAAACUAUUCUCACCACCGCUCGGUACUUUCCAUAUAUUAAAACUCGUCUUCCCGUUGUAUCACGAGAGAAUUUUGUUCUCUGCCCUGUAGAAGUAGCUCUGGAGGACGUGCAGCGCCGGCUGGACCAGCUCAAUACGGCUCUUGCCAACCAGCCUCCGGAUGCUAAAUUUUUGCAGAUGGUGUUGCAGAUGACAAUUGGCUAA